UUAUCUUAAAUAUGUGGGUUAUUUGCUGUUAGCUUUUGACGAAAUGUACAUAAAAAUAGCCAGUUGAAUCGUGGUCGUAGUCAACAAACUUGUUAUCACUACGAUAUUUUCUCUUAUACCAUAUAAACUUCGAUAAAAGUGCCUUCUUAAAUAGUGGGGGAUUUAUUAAUAAAACAUUAUUUGUUGUGUAUGAAGACUGUUGUCGAAUUAUUUUGGUAGGUUUAGUUUACAGUAUACGUGGUGGUAAGGCUACAUGAAUACAAUGAUUCGAUCUGCGGCCUUUCCUCUUCUCAAUGUCUUCAAAAGAAGCUACUCGAAUGUAGCUCCGACAACCAAACUUUUCAUCGACGGCCAGUUUGUCGAUUCGAAGGCAACAGAAUGGGUGGACUUGUAUGAUCCCGCCACCAACAACCUAGUAACGAAAGUUCCCCUUACAACGAAUUCAGAGAUGGAAUCUGCUUUGGAAUCCUCUAAAAAUGCGUUUCGAACGUGGAGCACGACAUCAGUAUUAACUAGGCAGCAAAUAAUGUUAAAAUUACAGGCGGUUAUAAGGAGAGACAUGAAGAAAAUCGCGGAAAAUAUUACUCUGGAGCAAGGAAAGACUUUGGCUGACGCCGAAGGGGAUGUAUUGAGGGGUCUUCAGGUGGUGGAACAUAGUUGUGCAGCUGGUACUCUGCUUCAAGGCGAAUCUCUUCAGAAUAUAUCAAAGGAUAUGGACAUAGUCUCGUAUAAGUUACCCCUUGGAGUUACAGGAGGAAUAUGCCCUUUCAAUUUCCCCGCCAUGAUACCCUUGUGGAUGUUCCCAUUGUCUCUUAUCGCGGGUAACACGAUGAUACUGAAACCCUCCGAGAGGGAUCCCGGAGCGACCAUGUUGCUGAUGGAACUGCUGAAUGAAGUUGGGUGUCCGCCGGGAGUUGUUAAUGUCAUUCACGGAGCGCACGACGCGGUCAACUUCAUCUGCGACAGCGAGGACAUCAAAGCCAUCAGCUUCGUGGGGUCCGAUCACGCGGGUAAAUACAUCUACAAACGAGGUGCUGCCAGUGGCAAGCGGAUGCAGUGCAACAUGGGCGCCAAGAACCACGCUAUCGUCUUGCCAGACGCCAACAAGAGUUCUACCAUCGAUCAACUUAUAGGCGCAGCAUUUGGCGCUGCCGGUCAGAGGUGCAUGGCGUUGAGCGUGGCCAUUUUGGUGGGCGAAUCACAGCAGUGGAUUCCCGAAAUCGUCGAGAGAGCGAAGAAACUGAAGGUUAAUGCGGGUUGCGAGCCUGGGACUGAUGUAGGUCCCGUGAUUUCGCCACAGGCCAAGCAGAGGAUCUUGCAACUCAUAGAAUCUGGUAUCAAGCAGGGAGCCAAGUGUCCAUUGGAUGGAAGAAACAUUAAAGUUGACAAAUAUCCUAAUGGAAACUUCGUCGGACCUACGCUUCUCACUGACGUCCAGACCAGCUUUGAGUGUUACAACGAAGAAAUCUUCGGUCCAGUGCUGAGCAUCAUUUCAGCAAACUCCCUGGAAGACGCCAUCCAGAUAAUAAACAUAAAUCCGUACGGGAAUGGAACCGCCAUCUUCACCACCAACGGAAGUCACGCUCGCCAGUUUGUGAACGAAGUGGACGCGGGUCAAGUGGGGAUUAACGUGCCUAUCCCUGUUCCUCUCCCCAUGUUCAGUUUUACUGGAUCUAGGGGUAGUUUCCAUGGUAGCUUACACUUUUACGGGAAACAGGGACUGAAUUUCUAUACGCAAACCAAGACGGUGACUUCGCUGUGGAGAAAGGGGCAAGUCACGUCGAAGCCGUCGGUUUCGAUGCCUGUUCACAAUUAGGUUGCAUUUACAGGUAUUAGGUUUUCAUGCAGUGGAUACCGGGCAAUUUUAGGUUUUUAUUUUAUAAGUAUUUAGAAAUCCAAAGAAUGUAUCUACUCCGAAUUACAAACAAUUAUCAAUCAAUUACUAUUACUUUCUAUAUAAAAUAUUUCACAUUUUUGUAAAAAAAAUAUUUUUAUCUGUAACCGUUGCUGUGCUAUGUCUUCCAUAAAGUCACAUAUUUUUGAAAUAGGUCCCAAAUGCCAUAAAAAUUUAAAUGUGCAUGUACAUAUUACAAAUAAGAGAGAUAUUAACUGAAUCUUUAAUUACACUGUAGUAAAUGUUUAUAUUUUCUUUUUUUUUAAUAAAGACUAAAUCUGUACA